CGCGCGCACACGGGGCUUUGCGCAUCUGGUCGUCAUCAGCGGCAGCAGGCUCCUACCUCUCCUACGUGACUCCUCCGGAGCGCAGCCCUCUAAAGAGUUUGUCUUUUCCACGAAGUCGUGCGUCCGGACCUCUCCGGGGUUCGGUUCUGCUGGAGGAACCCGAGUCUGCGCUUGGCCUUACAUUUUUGGUGCACCGCUGGAUGGAUUGGCUGUGAGGGCUUUUGUUCGGAAAGCUGCAGAAAGUCGUCGAGAGGGGAACGCAAAGUUUGGAUGUUCUGCUCGAGCUCGCGCCUGGCUUUCUUCUGGGGACGCCGCCUGCGCGCUCUGCACGCGCGGAUUUACGCGCGGUCGCCUGUGGUUCCUCGCUUCUCUCUUCUCGCCGCCGCGUAGUUUUCCGCCCUUGCGUCAUGACUUCUAGCUAUGCGCAUGUAAUGGACAGGCAAGUCACAAUAACGAACCGCCUGGAAAGCCCCAUCACGUCGAAUAACCUGGACAACCUGCAGGCUAAGAAGAACUUCUCGGUCAGCCACCUGUUGGACCUGGAGGAGGCUGGAGAGAUGGUCGGCACGCAGGCUGACGAGAGCGUCGGGGAGGCCGGCAGGAGUAUGCUGGAGUCGCCAGGACUGACCAGCGGGAGCGACACCACCCAGCAGGAGAAUGAGCAGAUGAACACAGAGGAGAAGAAGAAGAGGAAGCAGCGCAGGAACCGCACCACCUUCAACAGCAGCCAGCUCCAGGCCCUGGAAAGGGUGUUUGAAAGGACGCACUACCCCGAUGCGUUUGUCAGGGAGGACCUGGCCCGUCGGGUCAACCUCACGGAAGCCAGAGUCCAGGUUUGGUUCCAGAACCGAAGAGCCAAGUUCCGCAGAAACGAGAGAGCCAUGCUGGCCAGCAAAAAUGCCUCCCUCCUCAAGUCUUACUCAGGAGAAGUGACGGCAGUGGAGCAGCCCAUCGUGCCGCGCCCUGCACCUCGCCAGAACGAUUACCUAUCCUGGGGCAGUGCUGCCCCUUACAGCUGGUAUCCCAUGCUGGAGGGGGGGCCGGCGCGAGUUCCACAGAAAAUGCUGCCCUCAGAGAACAAUGCCAUGGCCACCUACCCGCCUACCUGCUCCAACACCAACACAGCCCAGGGGAUGAACAUGGCCAACAGCAUCGCCAACCUGCGGCUCAAAGCCAAGGAGUACAGCUUGAACCAGGUGCCCACGGUCAACUGAGAGUCCCCCACGCCCAAACCAAAGCAGCCUCGAUGGCAUACCAACAUCAGAGGUUUGGAGGGUUGCUGAUGGCAGGAUUUUGUGACUUUCCUCUCUUCCUGAGCUGAUUUCCUGCUCAUCCCAAAGAGGCAUGGAUGCUGCAGCCGAAUGUCGUCUUGAUUGUGAUCGUGACUGUAACCAAGGAUGAUCUCCAGUCUCAAGACUUUUUUUUCUAAAUGGAGACUCCCACACAUGGAAUAACCUCCUUGUCCUUUCUUCUGGGGUUUGGAUGGAGAUAUGCACCACAAGUGGGAUCAACCUGUCUUUAUUUUUUUUUUGUAAAAGAAAAUAUCCAGCAGACUUUGUCUGACAUUUAAUCCAAUUUUUUUAAAUAGUUUUUUUUCACCCCCUCAUUUCUUUCCAUGUUAUACCACUGAGAAGCAACACAUUUUGAUGUUCAUGUUAUAGUCCAGUAUAAAAGAAGAAGCUAAUGUAUUUCUGAAUCCAGAACCAGUAGAUGAUUCCAUAUGAUAUCCUUUAUUUGUAACAGAACCUUGUAUGUUAAUAAAAUGCGAUUCAAGCAAAGCAGCAUUUCUACAUACUUAAGUUCCGGUUCUGUCCCCGAUUUAAAGCCCUAUUAUGUCUGAAGUAUGACUUCUCCAAUUCAUUUUAAGUUAAAUCAUGCUUCAGAAACCAUGAGAAAUAAACGUGUUUAUAGUCAGGACCAUUUGGAAAGCUUGGCACGCUCCAUAAAAGAGAGAUUUACGACCCGAGAAUAGAUUCUCCUUCAGAGAAACCUCAAGCCGCUCCUGCCUUGUGUGUGUGUGUGUGUGUGUGUGUGUAUGUGUGAGUGCGUGUGUGUUUUCCUUCCUCUGAUUGCUGAAAUUUCCAUCUUAAAAACAGGAUAUUUAUGAGGAGGGAAAUCCUCUCCUUAAUAUGGAGGACCCGCGGGCCUCAUUUAGCUCGGCGGCUGUCAUACAAGGUGUUUCUUCUCUGUGGCCCCUCGUAACCUCCACCAUCAACAAACAUAUGCCGGCUUUCUCCCUCCGAAACGACUCACACGGGCCGGAAAAGCACAGUUCAGGGAGAAGACGGCCAAUUAGGGGGCUGCUUUUAUCACAGGUUUAUAUUUACAAGCCUUUCAUACCAAAAAGAAAACCUCUUAAAAAAAAACACUUUGUUCCACCCCCACUGACAUCAAUAAAGAUAUAUUAUAUGGAGAACUAAAAAUGAUAUAUUUAAAAUACAAACUGAUUUUUUUUAUUCCAUUAAGAGCCCGCUAAUUCAAAGAAUUGACAAGAAAAUGUAAAUUUUUAAAAAGGUGUUUAUUUUAAACACUUUUAUGCACUCCACAAUUAAACAUUUGCAUAAUUUAUUUUUUAUAAGAAAUAGAAAAUAUCAAUUAUGAUGCAUUUGGGGAUUUAGUAGGUUUUUGUUUAUUUUAGUUUCAAUGUUAAAUAUAUUAAAGAUGUUAAAAUAUUGACCUUAUUUACCAAGAGUCUCAAAUUUGGUCAGAAAAGUUUUAACAUGCUGUAAUUGCAAUGUAAAUAAUUAAUUAUAAAAGAAUGUAGUCUUUUUUUCAAUACAGCAAGUAGUCAUUUUAAUUUUAAAAGUAUAUAGAUGAGUUAUUCUCACCAUAAUUCUUUUAAACUAAGCUACACAUUUUCCCGCCAAAAGGGUUUUUGAGAUUUCAAGGAGGCAGCCAUUUUGAAAUGAGCAGGAAAAGCCCUUCCACUGCCCCUAGUGGAAUCAUGAUGAACUACAGGGCAGAAAACGUGGACAAAGUUAAAUCCAAUCAGGUUUUUAAGAACAGGCUAUAAGAAUAAUAAACGUUUGCACAAUAUCAAGAGCAUUACUAACAUUUUUGAAGUUAUUAUUAUUAAAUUAGAUUAGCUUUUCAAUCAAAAAAAUGGUAUAAGUUCAAAAAUAAAUAAGAAACUGUAGUUGAUGUGAGUGUAUGAGGUUAUCAAGACAAUUGCAGAGCAAAGUCACCCUUUAUUGAUUAGGGGAAAAAGGUAAAAAUAGUGAAAGUAAUAAGUCGAAACCACACUAAAAAUGAUGGCAAGUUAAAAAAAGUCACAAGAAAGAAGAAGUGGAUAAAUUAAAAUGCAUUAAGCUGACCUUAAUUCAAAAAGUGUUAGAAACAAAAUUAAAAUUAAAAUGAAAAAAGAAGAAAUGGCCACUAAAAAGAGCAAAAAAGGGACUUUUAAUCAGGUAAUCUUUCUGAUAAACGAUUUAGAUUUAGUUUCCUUAAAUCUAAUGGAGCUUUGUCUGCAUUAAUGAUGAUUGAUGUCAAUUGUUAUUUUAUCAUCAAGUCCAGAGAAAUGGAAUCUAGUUGAUCACUGAUCUGGUCCGCUCUGCCUCCUGCAGCACUGGCCUGUGCAGUCUGUGGCUUUUUCUGGUUUCAAACGCUUCACUGCAGUUUUUAGAUGCUCGACUUUUUCCCUUUUUCAGGACUUUUAUCUGACAUUUGGAGCUAAUUUAGGAGAUUUACAUCUUAUGCGUCCAACAUGUGAUCCUCUCAUUAAACUCAGCUCUGUGGGAAUCCUUGUGAAGCAGCUCAGGGGGGUUUGGCUUUGUGUAUGAAAGCGGGAAAAGUUUUGGGCAGCAGGUUUAGUGAAGCAAUUUUUUUUUUCAAAGUGCGAGACCUUUUUGGUGCAUUAUUGGCCUUUUCAUGAAAUGAUCUCUCUGCAGAUGUGCCUCUGAGCGAGGUGGGGGUGCGUUUUCACAGAGGUUGGGGGGUUCCAGUGCGACUUCAGUGACUUUUUCCCAACUUAAAUCCACAUUUAAGGAACAUUUCUGCUUUCUUUUCUGCUGUUUGCUUUUGUGCUGCUGGUUGUUUUCCUGAUCGUUGAUCCCUGACUAUGGUAUGUCCAGUGUCAGAGCCCCCACCCCCCUUUGAGUUCUCCCCUGCCAGGCGCCCGGGCUCACCUUUCACGGCCAGAGCCCGGGCUGACCUGAAGUGAUUCCAGAUGUGGAGAUCUUUUCUGCCCCCCUCCUUCCCCUUCUCCUCCACCCAAGCCUUUUACUCCCGUCCUCCUCCUCUUUUUGCCCCUAGGCCGUGGCCAGCCACUCCAUCAGGGCUGACAGCGUCCCUUUGGACGGCGUCUCUCCUCGCCUGAGCACAUGACAUACAAGGCACCCCCCCCCCCUCCAAGCCUUCACCCACGCCCGCCAGCCCCCAUCCUCAGCAACACAUCUGGAGCUCAUUACAAAGGAGACAGUACAAGUGAGGGAGGGGUGAGGAGUCUGUAGGAGAGCGCCUCCUUUAACCCCUUCAACCAUCCACCUUCUCCUUCCCUUCAUCCUCAUAGCCUGGCACCCAUCCCUGCUUCACCAAACCCCCCACCACCACCACCACCACCUCCACCCGCCUGCAGCGGCCCUCGUCCUGCCGCCGGUACCGCAUGAUAACAAACGCUUCAUUAAUGAGCGCUUUUGGAAACAGAAAAACAGAAACUCCACAGCUGUUAACAGUGUGCGGUUGAAACCAGCAGCAGUUUCCACGCAGGCAGUUGAACCAGAGGCUGCGCAGUUUGUGCGACUGACUCACCGUGAUUACACACACACACAAACACACGCACACACAUACAGGGUCGGAUCGUAAAAGAAACAUAAUUAGCGAGGAGCUGCCAUCUGAAGGUCACAGUUGAUGACCAUACUUCACUGCCAAUCGCCAGCAUGUGCUUGUUUUUCUUUUCUUCAGGGACUGACAGAUCCUGGCUGCUUUUCCUCCCAAAAAUGUGCUUCUUCUGACAUUCUCCGAGUCCUGUUGUUCCAUAGGAAGUCAUAAAACCCCCCCUUCCCUUAAUUAGAAGCACUUUUUGUUUUGUUAUGAUGACUCUGCAGGAAACUUUUAGUCACUGGCAUCCGAGAAGAACUGGUGCAAAGUGCAGAGGCGCCUGAUUCAUCAGAGAGGCUGACGUUGAUCACUUUCUUUAAAUGGUGACCUCUUUUAAGUUGUCGACUGUCAAGUAUUUGAGGAAGACUUUUAUUACCUUUCAUGACUUUGGUGGCAGCCAGCACCUGUCCCAUUUGAGGUGCUACUGUUAUCGGACAGAGAACCUGUUUGUUCUGCCUCGGGUCAGAGGUGGAAAAAAAUCCUUGGUGUGGGUCAGCAUCCAGCUCAGUAGGAGGCAUUUGUGUGUUUGGGUGUAAAUGAGCAAAAUCUUGGUCACUCUCACAGUGAGAAUACCAGGGUAUUCUCACUGUGAGAGUGCUAACCACUACACCACCAUGGUUCAUAAUUUCAAUAAUUACGCUGGAAGUUAAUUUAUAAACAUUAAACGUUAAUUCCCGUUUUUAAAAAAACAAAGAAAAAAAAUCAACCAACAUGAUGGUGAAGCUAUCUCUUCUGGAAACUGUUUGGCUUUUCAGUUCCACCUUUUUUGCUUUGAUUUCCAAAAUAAAAUAAUUUAAUUCGGGGACGUCAUUUUUGUCCAAGAUGGUGAAAACGGUUUAGCUGAAAAAGUGACUUAAAAAAAAGUCUAAAACAAACCGAAAGGAUCAUCUAUACCUGGGGCCCGCAACCUUUGAAACUUAGAAGCCAUUUGGGUUGAUUUCUCACUGAAAGGAGCCACAAAGUCUGACUUCACUCUUUAGAAAAAUAAAACACUGACUUGUAUUUCUGUAAUUGUUACUAUAAUGAUAAAUGAACAAUUGGUUGUUCUUUUUUUGACAUAUAUAAAACAUAAAUAAAAAGAGAAUAUAGUCUUUUUUCAAGAUACAAAAUAGUUCCUAGCUUUAAACAGACUUCCUUUCAAAAUAAAAGACAUCUUAUACCACAUACAGUAGGAUCAUCUCAAUGCAGAAAAUAUAGUGGGCAGUGUAACGAAAAAAAUUAUAGUUAUACACACUAAAUUUUACAGAGCUCAUAUAGUGACCCUUACUGUAUUGCUUAACCAUAUCUUAUAAUAGACAUUGUACCCUUAUAAUCAAUUGCACCUAAAGUAUGAAUUCUUGUCAACCUCCAGUUGAUUUUCUGUGGUAAACAGGGCUCAAAAACCAGUCUCAAUGUUUUACUACGACUUUGAAGGAUUGAUGGAUUGUUGAUGCAUUAUGGGUACUGUGGUCAGGCGCCUGGUAGAGUGAUCCAAGAGGACCUGGUUGCAGAGAACACGGCGCCCCUAUAUUAGCCACGACUGGAAGUUCGGUCAAGGUUAGGGUUAUGAGACUCUAUUUUUGUCCAAAAACCCUAAUUGAACUGGAAACCCUGAUAGUUACAUUUUUUUUUUCUUUCAGCUUCUGCUUUGCUUUGACCGUAACUCCUCCUGCGAUCAAUGUGAAUCAACUUAUUCUGUUGUGGAGAAAGCGGCUUUGAGUGAAAAAGUUAUGGCUGUUAAAAGAAUAUGUAACAGUCUUAGAAAUUGUUAAACACUUUUGUUCAAAUCCUUUUUGAAAGGAAUAAACUGUUUUCGUUUUU